GCUGUGGAGCUGAGCUUGAGUGGCUGGAAUGCUUGGUCAUUAAACAACUGAAUUAUUCCCUUGCCUCCCUAAUUCAAGUCUAUUUGAUGGUUGCUGCGCAGGUUAACAUUACUACGAGGGUGCUGUCAGCUCUUCAAACGAUUUGACGCAACAAUGCUGCCGACGGAACUGGAAGUGGAUGCUACAUCUAUCUAAUGCAUUGUGUCUACCUGAAUUUCGUGUCCAUAGAGCAUUUCUUUUUUAUCUAACCUGUUAGGACGAGCUGUACCUAAAUUUGCUGAUUGAUUAUAAAAUGCCAUGGUCUUCAUCGCAAACUGAAUCUGCUGAUCCUCAAAACCAACCAGAAUCUUCCGCUUAUCAGGUUAAUUAUUUCCAGCUAUUGUGGAAAGGGAAUAGUUGCGUCUCCAUUGUCUUGAAUCUAUUCUUGUGGACUAGCUAUUCUUAUGGACUCGCUUCGUUGCGGUAAUAAGAAUGCUUAUUUAGAUCUGUGCAUCACGCUCUUUCUUGAUUAAUCAUGUGGUAUGAUCGUUGUGGCAUCAAAUAGAAUGCGUGGAUAACUUGAUCUAAAUAAUUUUUUAGACGCGCAUUUUUUCUUGCAAACUGAUCACUCGGAGCGGCGAUGGUUAAUGUCAUAUCUUGCACACUGUUGGCUUUAGAUAGGCUAACCUCUAUUUACUGAUGUACAAUGCAUUGUUUCUGCUUGCCGCUACAUUGAAGUGCUAUCAAGGUGGGUGCUAGCCACAUCUUGUUGCAAGGUGUAACUUUGGGCAGCAUGAAAGUGCAUCCUAAUGCAUCGGUACAUUGAUUUUUGCCAGGUUUAUUGGUGGGAGGCGAGGAUGAAGGAUGAGGAUGGCACUGGGGAGAAUCCAGAGAUACGUGACACAAAAUCUGCACAAUUUUGACAGUACAUUACCUAUUUUCUGUAGACACUGUUUUCUUGUUUCCCCCUAUAGAACUCAACAUAUUGAUCAUUAGCUCAAUAGUAUGUAUUCAUACAUUUUCGGACUUUUCUGAACUUACACGUAUGAGUGUUCAUUGUUUCAAGUAAGAUGGUGAACGUGCACCUAGCUGCACAUAAUCUGCUUUUGGAAGACUGUGCCUUAUUUUCUUCCACGAGUGGUGAAGUAGGCUUGAUGAGGAUGAAGAGGGAAAGAGCGAAUGAAGAGGAAUACACAUGUUGGCUGCAAUGCAGUUAGAAGCCACUAUACAAUAUUUGUUAAUCUGUUGCAGCACAUGGGUAUUUAGCUAGUAGAUGUUAAACUAGCAGUAAGAAGACUACGAUGGGAGCAACUAUUGCACACAUGGACCAUGCCACUGUGUGAAAAUAUCAUGUGCCCCAAUAACUGGCAACCUAGAAUGUCUACACAAAUUCAUCCUUCUUUUUGUUUUCAUGUUUUGGUGUUGCUUACCAUGUAGACCACGUGGUUACACAAAUUCAUCCGUGAGUGACAAGAACCACACAUAAUGGAUUCAAAGACAUUUGAUCGCCCCAGUAACUUUUGUCCAAUUCAAAGAACAAAGCCCAGCCCCCUUUCAUGUGUGUUUGAAUUAAUUUGCUCUGUAGUCGAACUCUAGGUACAUUUUGAUGAGCUUUGGAAAUUUCCACACAUUUUCAUCUCUUCUGCAAAGAUCCGAUCAACAUCUCAAAGGUUUUGAAUUAGCUGGAAAAUUGUAAGUCCACUUGCAGCUGGCGACUACUAUAUGGGAUCUGCGUCAACAUUUUCUGGUCACAAGUUGGAAUGUUUUCACAUGUCAAGCAACUUUUCAAUAGUAUUUUGAUUCCUAGGUUACAGAGAGGCAAGUGGAAGUUUUCCUUUACAAUAGACAACAAUAUUGUCCUGGCUCCCAAAGAAACAAAAAUUGUCCUGGUCUCCUGGACAACUUCGUCCCCAUCAUCACAUCACGUGGUCUAAAUUUUGGCACAGUUUGCAAGAUGGUUAGUAGUACAUACUUUAUUAUUGCAUCUCUCUGACAACUUGUACUACGAAGCAAUAAUAAACAUAGAAAGGAGCAAGACUUCAUUGCAUAUAUGGAGGAGCUACAGUCACUUCUUCAUGCUUACCUGAGAGACGGAUCGAUUGCUACAGGGUUUGUUCCCAUUGCUGGACCCAGAUCUAUAUAUGUAGAAGUUUCCAGUUCGUGCUCUUUCUGAAUACAGGGCCAAGUCUGAACUCUCAAGUAGGAAUUCAACUCCUUGUUCCCAUCAUUCACGGUCUGGAAUGUUGCUAUUUAUUAACUUUCCACCUCCCAAUAAAUUUUAAUUGCUCAUCUAGUUUUUGUAGAUAGAAGAAUGGAACAAAAUAUUCUGGCCCAAAUACUUGAGGGGAGCAAGGAGCCAACAGAUCUUCCCUUAGAAACUUUGCGGGAGAUCACUGACGGAUUCUCAACAAAUAGAAUAAUCGGUGAAGGUGGAUUUGGAACGGUCUAUAAGGGUAUCAUCGGAAACAGGAAUGUUGCCGUGAAGAGGGUUAGGAGCAGCAUGACAAUCGAUGACAGACAUUUUCGUCGCGAGGUUGAUAGCUUGAUGGAAGUUAGACAUCCAAAUGUAGUCCGGUUUCUUGGAUUAUGUUCCCAUACAGUAGAGACACCAAUGAAAAUUCCCGAAACCCGAGGAUAUAUUUAUGUCGAGAAAAGAGAAAGGUUGCUCUGUUUUGAGUAUAUCAGUAACGGGAGCCUCGAUAAAAAAAUUACCGAUGAAUUAAGAGGACUCGAAUGGGAUAAAAGGUACAAAAUAAUCAAAGGAAUAUGCGCGGGUUUGCAUUAUCUGCACAUGGAAAAGCGUAUUCUUCAUAUGGAUCUAAAGCCUGCCAAUAUACUAUUGGAUAAUGACGUGAUACCUAAGAUUACAGAUUUCGGUCUAUCAAGACCCACAGAAAACUCACGGACCACGAGCACAACCAAUUUUCUAACCCCUGGGUAUUGCGCCCCGGAAAACCACUUUGGUUAUGGAAGGAUGUCUGUCAAAUCAGACAUAUACAGCUUGGGUGCUAUAAUCAUCGAAAUAAUCACGGGACAUAAGGGUAUCCCUGAUACUAAUGAUAAUAUACUGAGAAGAUGGCGGCAUAGAUGGAAUAAAUCAGCAAAGGAAACAUCACUGAAAUAUCACGAACAAGUUACUACAUGCAUAGAGAUAGGGGCACUUUGCCAAAACGUUGACCCCUAUGCACGUCCUUCAAUAUCAGAUAUAAUGAGAAAAUUUGUUGACUUGGAAAGUACGGAUAAUUGCAGAGCGGUUGCCAAUGAAUCACCGGUUGGCCAGAUAAAACCACCUUAUUGGGAGAAUGAUAUGCUUGGAGUAGAACCACUGGAGCUGCAAUUUGCCAAUUCUGGGAAUGAAAAGCAUCAUAUACUAUCAUGUUCUGUUGAGCUAAGCAACGAUACAGAUAGUUUCAUUGCCUUCAAGAUUCAAACGACUUGCCCGUUGCCAUACUCCAUAGAGCCAAACAAGGACAUCGUGAAACCACAAUCCAAAUGUAGUGUUGACAUAACAUUGCCUGCAGCUAAUACAGAAGAUCAUAAUAACAAGCAAUACACCAAGGGGUUUAUCGUGCAGAGCAUUAAAGUGAAUGAAGGUCUCACAACUAAUGGUAUUAAUGAAGGUAUGUUUCAUCAACAUAUAACGGGUCAACAUGUUGAUGAGAUUUAUUUGUCGGUUAUUUCUGAAGAACCAUGCAAUAAUGAGGUCACGGAUUAUCCAAGCAAGCGGGCCAAAAAACAAUAUGGCAGUUCCACGCAAUGGCGGCAUACCGAGGCGAGGCCAAGGCCGGCGCAGAUCAAACCCAGGAGCGUGCAGCUGGUGAUCAAGAACAACACAGUGGCUCCACUAAAGUUGGAGUGCUACAAAAAAGUGAUGAUUGAGAUCACCGGCGGCGACUACAGCAGGGACCGGCCGGGCCUGGACCUAGUUGCCGUGGUGGACGUAAGCGGCAGCAUGCAGGGCGAUAAGAUACAGCAAGUGAAGACCGCCAUGCAGUUUGUGAUACGGAAGCUCGGCCCCAUGGACCGUCUGUCCGUCAUCACAUACUCCGAUGUCGCCACGGUACUGUGGCGGCUUCAGCUGAUUACAGAGGAUUCGCAGGGUAAGUUGCAGGACCUCAUUUACAAGCUUGAGCCCAGCGGCGGCAGCAACAUCUGGGACGGUCUCCAGGUAGGGCUCCAUGUCCUCGAUAACCGAUCGGUCUGCGUUGGCCGCGUUGCUGCCAUCAUGCUCAUAUCUGGUGGCAAGCAGACCAAUGUCGACGGCAUUUCGGUCAAUGUCGGCGACGUGCCUGUCUACACGUUUGGUGUGGGCGCAGACAGCGACCAUGUGUUGCUCAGCCUGGUCGCGGCCACGAGCAUCGGGGGGACGUUCUCGCAUGUCCUGGACCACGACAUUGGCGGUCUAACCAUGGCAUUCUCCCAGUGCCUCGCCGGCCUGCUUACCGUCGCAGUCCAGGACCUCGAGCUGAUGGUGGCGCCUGUCAAAGGCCAGUCCAGUAUAGUGAGGGUGACCGCCGGGAGCUACCCGCAGGGGCAGGUCGGCAAUGGCCCUGCCGGUUCGGUCACCGUCAAGUUUGGCAACCUCUACAGCGCAGAAGUGCGCAAGGUGAUUGUCGAACUCGACCUCCCCGAAAUCCAGAGCGAGUGUAGCGCAGAGAUCCUCGAUGUCACAUACUCACACAGCCGCUCGGCUGGGAGGAUGAAAUUCGUUGCGUCUACUGGGACGCUGACAGUGUGGCGCACCGGUGUGAACUUGUCAGAGGAGCAGAAUCUGACGGGGUUACUGAGGGAGGAGGCCCGUCUGCAGACAGCGCAGAUGAUCAAUGAGGCGAGCUUCAUGGCGCACUGGACGUGGCUGGAUGAUGCGCGGGACAAGCUACUAGAGGCGCAGAACAUGCUGCAGGAGGAGGAGCAGUCGCUCAGGACCGAGCUGCAGGAGCUCUUCCAGCUUUUCAAGACACAACAAACCUACGAGACGCGAGGUCGUCUCUACGCCUUGUCGUCCGAGUCUUCCCACAACCGACAGCGUUUGACGGUGAGGGGCGGCGACAUUGAGAUCAUGCGCUUGUUCGCAACCCCACGCAUGGGCAAGUACAUGGAGCAGGCCAACAAGUUCCUAAACGAACCCACCAAGCUGCUGCCGUCUGUGGACCAAGACGUCGAUGAAGACUUGGGUGCUCCUACAGUCGAUGUUGCCAGUAGGGAAGCUGAGAUGUCGAGGUUGUUUCACGACGUCGGGAUCCGGGCCAUGAAGUCCUUACCCUGGUGGAGCUGCAGACUUAUUUGUUGGCUGGCCAGGACCCGGAGACGUAUUCGACAUCGAGAGAUCGGUGCUCUUCCUACUUGGUGAACGGAAAUAGCACAAGAAUCUUCUUGUUCAUCCUUAGCUACCACUUCUCUGUCUCCGUUCUCAUCCCAUCAUUUUCACUCGAUUGUAAAGUUUGUAUAUAUCUUAACUUUUAAAUGGUCUAC